CCAUUUGCAUCACAGUACGGAGCAAAGACCAAGGCUGCUGUGCAAAAUAGUGGCGAUUAAAGCGAACAGACCUGGAUGAGGAUGCUACAGAAACUGCAGCGCUUCCAGAUCAGCUCAGUGGACACUGGACGCCGCGGAAAUAAGAAAGUUAAAGUUCAUUUUAGAUUCAGCAGCCUAAGUUUGACGUAAUUCUUCCCCGGGACAUCAAGGAGCAGGCUGGAGUGUCAUCAUGGAAGUAUUUCCUAAGGAAAAAUAGAGAGUUUCUCAUCUUGGAGUUGGAGGUAAUUUGAGAAAGUGCAAGUUGGGAAAAACAUUUAGAGCAGAAAGUUUUCUCCGGUUUUCCAGAUGUCACCUCUGAUGCAGACAGCGGCUGGCGAAUUAAAUAUAUUCACACCCCUUAAAAGAUAGUUGCACUUUUCUUUCCCACUUCCUGCAACUCUGGAUUUCAUGCUUCAUUGUCGACGCUGGUAAUAAAUACAUAAUCAACUUUACUGUCCUGGUAUUUUUCAGCAAACACUCCCGUAAGAAUUACGGGAUUUAAAACUCUUCAUUCAGGAUAUAACGACUCGUCGACGUUUGAGGACAUGGACCGACACUCAGAAGACAAAAUAAAGGAGCAGCUUUAAAAAGUAAAAGUUGGACGUUAUCGUGAAAAUGUUAUUUGGGUGAAGUCCUUGGAAACUCGUCAGGGAAGCCCAAUGAGUGGCACACAGUCAACACUCACUGACAGGACCCCAAGCAUUCUCAACAAGGAGCCCACAGACAAGAAACCUAAGAAUGAGAAAUCGUCCGUCUCCCUCAAACAUGAAUUUGAUCCAACAGGUCUCGUCCAGCGUUGCGUGAUAAUCCAGAGAGAUGAAAAUGGCUUCGGGCUGACCGUAAGCGGAGACAACCCUGUGUUUGUGCAGCUGGUCAAAGAAGAUGGAGCUGCGAUGCGAGCUGGUGUUCAGACAGGAGACAGGAUCAUCAAGGUUAAUGGGACCUUAGUUACACAUUCAAACCACAUAGAGGUUGUGAAGCUGAUAAAAUCGGGCUCCUAUGUAGCCCUGACAGUCCUGGGGAGGCCUCCGGGGCUUCCUCAGAUCCCCCUGGAGGAGGAUGAGAAGGAGAAAGGGGCAGAGGUCAGCACACCCUCCUCUCUCUCAGUGCCUCACUCGCCUGCACUGCCAGGUGGGGAGCACUGCAGCCCCCAGGAGCACCUCACCUCCCCUCCGCCCAACGGGGAGGAGAACAAAGGCAUGCACAGCCAGAAGAUCGACAGCCUCCAAAAGAUGCUAACCAAACAGCAGCUGGACUUACAGGCAAAGGAGGAGGAGUGCGGCAGACACCCACGACCUAAGCUAGUGAAGGAGAUCCAGGAGGCAAAGAAGUACAUUUCACUGCUGCAGGAGCAGAUCAACAAAGCAAUAGCAGCAAUACAGGAUGGAGUCACUGUGUCCAGGAACGGUGAGGCCGAGCAGGGGGACGGCGAAGCGACCUCGUCCUCGCGGGGUGACGGCGGUAACGACAGGCCCUCGACUAACAGCAACUCUAUGCACAGCAGCCCCCUCCCAGAGAGUCCCGGCAAAAGAGAGACGCCCUGUCAGAGCCCGGACGUCAGCCGGCGAGACGGACUCAACUCCUGCUCGUCGCCCGACACUGAGGACAACACUGACACUGACUCCAGCGCCCAGUGCAUUGUGGGUAGCCCUCCCUACCUCCUCCACCCCCAGAUCAUUGGAGCGGAGGAUGACUACUUCGACUCCCAGCAGGAGCAGAUUAAUGGACAGUGCAGCUGUUUCCAGAGUAUAGACCUGCUGAAGUCUCGGCCGGCUCACCUCGCAGUUUUCCUCCAUCAUGUCGUCUCGCAGUUUGACCCUGUGCCUCUGCUGUGUUACCUCUACGCCGACAUGCACAAACAAACCAGCUCCAAAGAAAGCCGACGCUUCUUCAUGGAAUUCCACUCACUCUUCAUGGAUCGAACAGCCAAUCUCAAAGUACCAGUGCCAGAGACAAUUGCGUCUGAACUGGAGAAGCGGAGGCUGGAGUUAAUCCCGGAGGAGCUGUGCAAACAGUACACCCAGGUGUUACAGGACACACUCCUACCUGACCUGCACAAGAACCUGGAGGACUUCAGACAGAAGCGCAGCAUGGGUCUGACUCUGGCUGAGGACGAGCUGUCGAAGAUGGACGUGGAGCGAGGGAAAGACCAGCAGGCCUUGGAGAAGGAGUGCUCCUGUGCCGAACACAUCAUCUCCAAGAUAGAGGACAUCCUGUUGACGUCACAGCCCUCAGAAGACGAGAAGUGCCAAACGAUGCAGUACGUGCUCCUCACCUACAUGAAGCACCUCGGGGUGAAAGUGAAGGAGCCUCGCGGCCUCGAGCACAAACGAGCGCGAAUCAAUUUCCUGCCCAAGAUUAAGAAGAGCAUCAAGCCCGAGAAGGAGGGUGAGGAGAAGGUGAAAAAGCCUCGGUUUCCCAACAUCCUCGGCCCACCAAGGCGCCUGAGCAGAGUGGAUUCAACUUCAGUCGGUAAGGCCGUGGAGCUGAACAAGCAGCGGUCUCCGAAGCAGCUCUCCCAGCCGGCCUUCGGUAUCCUGGAGCAGUCUGACUCCUCUGCAGCGAAUUCUGGAUCACGGAUCCGUGGAAAUCAGCUCAGCGAGGGAUCGGACGCUGGUGCCCCAGUUUUGCCUUCCCCGACACACAGCUCCCCCAUUGGUCAGGCCUCAGAUACUAGCGGACAAGACUCAGACUCCAAUGUGUCUCCGUUCUCCAUCCAGCCCAGACCGGGCGAGGGUCUGCCGUCCGGCGACCAGCAGGACGGCGUCUUCAGUCCGACCAGCACGCAGUUUGACUUCAGCCCCUCCAACCUGGAGCAGUUACAGGAGGAGGAUCAGGAGGCGUUCAGGAUGGAGGUUCAGUGUGCGGCGACUUCGGGCGACACCCAGAGUGAAGACGACCAGGGAGGUGAGGUGGAGUGUGAGGAGGAUCCUCUGAACUGGCAGAGUCUGGUCAGCCGAGGCGUCCUGGCAAGCCUCACGCCGCAGGAGAUCAAACGGCAGGAAGUCAUCAAUGAGCUGUUCUACACUGAGCGCGCCCACUUACGGAUGCUGAAGGUGCUGGACUGUGUCUUCUACCAGAGGCUGAACAGAGACAGUAUCCUCCCCCCAGAGGACAUCAAACACAUCUUUAUCAACCUGGAGGAAAUCAUUCAGCUGCAUGUUUCUAUAACGGAGCAAAUGACAGCAACCAGGAAGAGGAGCGAGACAUCGGUGAUCGGUCAGAUUGGAGACGAUCUCCUGGAGUGGUUCAGCGGGGAGGAAGAGGAGAAGAUAAAAAGAGCGGUGGGAACUUUCUGUUGCAACCAACCGUCUGCGCUGGAGCUCAUCAAGACCAAGAAGAAGAAAGACCAGAGGUUCCACUUAUUCAUGCAGGAAGCUGAGAGCAACCGUCUGUGUCGCAGGCUGCAGCUCAAAGACAUCAUUCCUGUAGAGAUGCAGAGACUGACCAAAUACCCACUCCUACUGGACAACAUUGCUAAGUACACAGAGGAUGGCGAGGAGAGGCAAAAGGUGAAGAAAGCCGGCGAAUGCUGCAAAAAGAUCCUCAACCACGUCAACCAGGCCGUCAAAGAGGCAGAGAACAAACAGAGACUGGAAGAGUACCAGAGAAGGUUAGAUCUCUCAUCUCUCAAACAGAGUGAGAACCCCAUGAUCCUGGAGCUGAAGAAUCUGGACCUGACCAAGAGGAAGAUGGUCCACGAGGGACCUCUCUCCUGGAAAGUCAAUAAAGACAAGGCGAUCGAGCUGUACACAAUUCUCCUGGAGGACAUUCUGGUUUUACUGCAGAAGCAGGACGAGCGUCUGAUCCUCAAGUUCCACGGCAAGAAUGUGGCGAGCGCCGCCGACACCAAGCACAUCUUCAGCCCCAUCAUCAAACUCAACACUGUACUGGUUCGUCCCGUGGCGACUGACAACAAGUCUUUCUUCGUGCUGUCCAUGUCGGAAAACGGGGCUCAGAUCUACGAGCUGAUGGCUCAGACGGUGUCCGACCAGAGAACGUGGCAGUGUCUGAUCACACAACGCGCCGAGGCCAUGAAGGCCAAACCUCACAGCAGCGGCACACCUCCAGCUCAGUCUGAUGCUGAGCGGGACGCUAUAGAGAUCAUCAACCGUGGGAUACCCAGGCCGUGCAAAGACGCUAACGGGACAUCGAGUGGAGGUAUCCACUCCACAGGCAGCUAUAAAGAUGCCACCUGUUCUCCAGACAUUCAAGCUCCGCUGGCAGGUAUCAACCCUUUCGAUGGCAUGAAAUCAGAGGACGAGGAAGAGGAGCCGGCUGUGGCCGACCGACGGGAGGAAGAGGAGGAGGAUGAAGAGGUGGAUGAAGCAGAACUAGAAGCCUUCCUGGAUGGGCAGCUCGCGGACAGACUGCCCUUCCUGCAGCAGGAAGGGUCACGUCGGGGCAUCGCCAUUGAAAACCAAGAGCACAACCCGUUUGGCGUAGCCUCCUCCAAAGCUGAGGACGCUCUGCAGACAUUGGCGAUGCUCAAGCAGGCUCUUUUCAACCACAUGAUGAGCAGAGAGGCAGAGGAGGAGAAAGAGGAGACAGAGGACAACAAGCAGAGCGGGGCCCCUGUGUGUCAGCUGAGCGCCUCCUCGCCCGGGAGCCCUGAGGGGGCUUCUGCUGCACGCGACGAGAGCCGAGCGUCUGCGAGUUCACAGAAAGACGACCUGCAGCUCCCUCCUGGACACACAGGGCUGUCCGAGACCACUGAACGCAACGGUGGUUUUGUGGUUCUGGAUUUCAGCGUGGGCUCCGAGGAGAGCAGCACUGAUGAUGAUGUGGGGUUAGGGGGUGACAUGGGGAUCGACAUGAGGAAACUGCUGUCCUCCUCCUCGCAGACAGGGGGCGGCGGCGGCCCCAACCUCAGCCGGCAGCUUAUGACCCACCUACGGCUCCUCCAGGCCGACCUGCAGUAUCUGAAGGAGGUGGAAAUGAAGUACAACGAGCUGCGACAGACACACACCGACGCAGCCGCCGCCGACUCCGACGACAACAACGAUGGGAUUCAGUGAUGACGAGGCUCGUCGCUCUCCUGGUCGCACGAGUCAAGUUGCUCCAUGAUCGCUUUCUUCUGGAUCAAUCUUCAACCACUGAACACUGCUGUCGCUCAAUAAUGGAGGCUUGAAUGUCGAGUCUCACACUUCAGGCACAUAAGACAAUCAGUGGAAGACUUUAUCACAAUGAAGGUUCCACUUUAAACUCAAAAUCCUUGAACCAACCGGGGGCAGACUUGCUCCUGAGAAGAGACGCUAUGGGAUUACCUGAGGAUAAUUCGGUCACUUGUUGCUAUGACAAUAAUAAUCAACGUCAUAAGUUAUCUUAAACACUGGAUAUAUGAAACGGAAAAGGGCGAGUCAAGUGUGCGAAGUCACGCGGAUGCACAUCAGAGACACAUUGAGAAAUGAAACGAGACUGUGACGGUGACCAGACAGAUUAAAAAGUAGAUGGACUUGUUCAGGGCUCAGAGCACUGCUGUAAGCUUCAUGUAAAUGUCUGCGAUAGGAGAUGAGCUGAACCUCACGCUACAGAGUUGAAUAUGCUUAAAGAUGCACUUCCUUAUUGAGUAACAGCCCUGAAAAACCAACUCAACACACUGAUUGUGUUUUUUUAAAUUCAGCAACAUUCAUGGAAAUUGUACAAGAGGCUCUAACAUAGAUUCAAACCAUCCCCAAAAUCUCCAAAAGUCUUUUUAUGUUUUAUGUCUUUCGCCCUGUUUGCAUGAAACUGGCCCGACUGUCUAAAUCUCACCUGACAUGUUGUAUAUAUUUUUUGUUUAAUUCAUACAAACACAAAAGUUAAAAUGACAGUUUGUGGUUUAUUUGCUCAAACUAUUUAUUUUAUUUCUUUUACAUGUUUGAAUUAAACAAAUGCGGUACAACAUUUUAAUUACUGAGUUUACAGAGCCAGAUUAGCUGUUUCCCUGCCUGUGCUGCGUUCAUGCAACAUCAACAGAGUGGGAAGACGAGGGAAACCUCCUGCUUCCUCCGGCUCUGGAGCACAACAGAUAAACUUCCUAAAUUAACCUCCUUCGUUGCGCCACAUUUGUAGCUGUUUACAAACAAGUGAAACUUUAUUUGGAUGGGACUGCAGUGGAUGCUCUUCAGCCAUGUUGCUAUCAGUUUGUUGACAUGUCUGUAGUUCUGUAGAAGUAAAGUUUUUUUUUUCCCCCAACUUAAUUACGAUCUGAAUGAUAUGAUAUGACAUGAACGCAGCAUUAAUGUCGAUCGUCCUAUCACGCUCUCAGAAAGAAAGCAAAUGACCAUAUUUCUCAACAUUGUGAAUUAUUCUUGCAAGCACCUGAAGAAAAAAAAAAAAGCGUUAAAAGAAACGUGUACAGGCAGAAAUCUUCAUUUCUAGUUCAGGUUUAUAGAAUCAUCAACAUCUUUGGGGAAAAAAAACUGCAAACUUCCAAAGAAUAAUUGUCCUACUUGCGAAGCUGCAGCCUCUGACAGUUACAGUAACUACUGUUUGUUUACUGGCUGUCUUUAACUGCCUGAGAAAAUAGCAUACAAAUAUAAUGCUGUUUAGCAUUUGACUUCCUGAUUUGAAACUUCCUAUAGCACUUGAAUGUAGCAUAAUAUGGCAAACACAUGAAUAAGUAAUGUUGAGAUCGUAGAUUCAGAUCACUCUUGUCUACAGUGAGACAAAUUACAAAUGACACGACUUGACAUGUUGGCGUUUUAAAGAAUCACCGUUGUUGUAAUGGAGUAUGAAACACUGCAGCUAAAGAAAAGAAACGUUGACUUUGUGUAUAACUGCUGGAGCACAUCACACUAUAUAACAGAUACAAGCUUUUCACAACGUGUGCACAAAGUGAAAGCAAUUGAUGGAACUUUGUUGCUGAAUUUAUUUUCUAUUUGUAUUCCAGUCUUGUUUUUCUCUUGCUCUCCUCCAUGUUAGUUUGCGCGGUGAGGUGACCGACUAACCCGAGUGACGGACGCUGAAAACAAACUGAAUCUGUUUCCUCCUGAAACAUUUUGAGGGCGUUUUUCUUCAGGAUCCUUCAUGUUUUCUGCAACAAGCUCUUCAUAAACGCCAUCCUCAGCUGGUGACGUCAACCCCCGUUAUACGUUCCUAUGCCUUUAGGUACAAGCUGCAGGAAUUCACUCAUCAGCCCGCUGCACUUCACUUUCAUGUUUGGACUGAAAACACUCAAAUAUUCACCGGCCAUAAGACUGCAUAGACGACAUCAUGGCUUUGACUUUUGGAUAAAAUAUUAAAAAAGAAAAAAAAAAAAAAAAGACUAACCUGAAAAGUAUAUAUAAACAAAAAGGAUUGUAAUGGACUGUUUUUAUUGUAAAAGAAUAUAAUGUACAAUUAUUACUGUUUAUCAAAUGUUUUGUCUGUUGUUGUUGUUGUUGUUGUUGUUGUUGUUGUUUUUUUACACAAUGCAGUCAUGUAAUGUUUUAACACAAACUACUUAAAACAAGGGUAAAGUAACCAACUGCAUUCAUUUGUUUUACAAAAAUGUUAUAAUUUUAUUACAUUGCUAUUAACCCAG